AACACCCUUCCAAAAAUCUCCGUUUGUCUUCAUGCUCAUAGCUCUCAAUCCCCAAUCCUUUUCUCACUAACAGUCUAGUUUCUACAACCAAUCUCUCAGUCUCUCUUCAAGAGUUUGCUUGGUGUGUUUACUUGCUUCAAGUUUGAACCCACAAAGUUGAAAGAAACAUAAGAACAAUGGGAAAAGGCUGGACUUUCCUUACCCAACUUCACUCUGUUGCUGGGCCUGUGUUGCAGCUGCUCUACCCUUUAUAUGCAUCAGUGAUGGCCAUAGAGAGCACAUCAAAGCUAGAUGAUGAGCAGUGGCUUGCUUAUUGGAUUAUUUACUCUUUCCUCACUCUCUUGGAGAUGGUUAUCCAACCCGCUCUGGAAUGGUUACCAAUUUGGUAUGAAGUGAAGCUUGUGUUUGUGGCAUGGUUGGUUCUACCACAGUUCAAAGGAGCAGCUUUCUUGUAUGACAAAUAUGUGAGGGAGCAAAUCCUCAAGCAUAGAGGAGGUAAAGACCAUCAUGAUUCAUCCAGCAAGUCCCCAAACGGCAAAGGCAAGAACAAGUUCGUACAGUUCAUGACCCCCAAGAAUGAAGAGCAAGAAGCUUACUAAAAAGAAAGCAGAGAAGGACCACUCUUCUUCUUCAAUCUUCUACUUUCGGCCUUUCCUUUAACCUGUUUCUGCUGAACUUUUUUAACCCAUCGUGUAUAAUUUCCAAGACUGUGAGGCUUUGUGUAGUCCUUCGUAUUUAGUUGAGCCACAUCUAUCAGUGAACUCUUAUUAGUUUGUAAUGCGCACUUUAUUAAUGAUAAUUCACUACCUAAUCUGCCUAAUUGCCUUGAUGUAAUAUAGCAAUGAAAGAGGCUUUAUGCAGGGUCUCUCUCAUAAGUCGUAAGUAGUUCAUCACUACCUAAUCCGCCUAAUGAUCUAAUACCAAAGCAACGGAAGAGGCUUUUAUGUUAGCCUCUCAUUAGUCGCACCGGUUCCACUCUACCAAUGUGAUGUGAAAGUAGAAUAGUCCCCAACUAAUUAAAGUUGAAUGUUUAAUUUCUUCUGUGUCACA